CCCGGCUUCGGGGGUGGGGAACAGCGCAGGGAGGUGGGUAGUCGGGCUCCCAGGCACGUGGGUCUCUGCGGCGGCGGCGGGACGCGGGCACUGGCACCCGGGAGCGGCAGCGACGGCACCCCGAGCGGAGAAGCGCAGCGCAGGGGCGAGAGGAGCCCCCUGUGGCGGCAGCAUUGCUUGCCCAGAAAAAUGCUGGAGGCUGGGCGUGGCCCCAGGCCUGGGGACCUGUUUUUCCUGUUUCCCGCAGAGUUCCCUGCAGCCCGGUCCAGGCGUGUGCAUUCAUGAGUGAGGAACCCAAGCAGGCGCUGAGCAUCCUGACCUGGAGAGCAGGGGCUGGUCAGGUUCCAGAGCCUAGAGGUUCCAGAUCCAGAUCCAAGUCAGAUGGCAAUGAAAGCCCUGGUCAGGUGGCUGUGUCAGGUCCCCUAGGGGCGCUCCGGCCACAAGCCUGAUGGCCCCACCCCUCCCUUCCCUGCAGGGCGAUGGCAGCAGACCUGGGCCCCUGGAAUGACACCAUCAAUGGCACCUGGGAUGGGGAUGAGCUGGGCUACAGGUGCCGCUUCAACGAGGACUUCAAGUACGUGCUGCUGCCUGUGUCCUACGGCGUGGUGUGCGUGCUUGGGCUGUGUUUGAACGCCGUGGCGCUCUACAUCUUCUUGUGCCGCCUCAAGACCUGGAAUGCGUCCACCACGUAUAUGUUCCACCUGGCUGUAUCUGAUGCACUGUAUGCGGCCUCCCUGCCGCUGCUGGUCUAUUACUACGCCCACGGCGACCACUGGCCCUUCAGCACGGUGCUCUGCAAGCUGGUGCGCUUCCUCUUCUACACCAACCUUUACUGCAGCAUCCUCUUCCUCACCUGCAUCAGCGUGCACCGGUGUCUGGGCGUCUUACGUCCCCUGCGCUCCCUGCGCUGGGGCCGGGCCCGCUACGCUCGCCGGGUGGCCGGGGCCGUGUGGGUGUUGGUGCUGGCCUGCCAGGCCCCCGUGCUCUAUUUUGUCACCACCAGCGCGCGCGGGGGCCGCGUAACCUGCCACGACACCUCGGCGCCCGAGCUCUUCAGCCGCUUCGUGGCCUACAGCUCAGUCAUGCUGGGCCUGCUCUUCGCGGUGCCCUUUGCCGUCAUCCUUGUCUGUUACAUGCUCAUGGCUCGGCGACUGCUAAAGCCAGCCUACGGGACCUCGGGCGGCCUGCCCAGGGCCAAGCGCAAGUCCGUGCGCACCAUCGCCGUGGUGCUGGCUGUCUUCGCCCUCUGCUUCCUGCCCUUCCACGUCACCCGCACCCUCUACUACUCCUUCCGCUCGCUGGACCUCAGCUGCCACACCCUCAACGCCAUCAACAUGGCCUACAAGGUUACCCGGCCACUGGCCAGUGCUAACAGUUGCCUUGACCCUGUGCUCUACUUCCUGGCUGGGCAGAGGCUCGUACGCUUUGCCCGAGAUGCCCAGCCACCCACUGGCCCCAGCCCUGCCACCCCGGCUCGCCGCAGGCUGGGCCUGCGCAGAUCCGACAGAGCUGACAUGCAGAGGAUAGAAGAUGUGUUGGGCAGCAGUGAGGACUCUAGGCGGACAGCGUCCACGCGGGCUGGUAGCGAGAACACUAAGGACAUUCGGCUGUAGGAGCAGAACAGUUCAGCCUGCGCGGGUUUAUACUGGGAAGCUGUAGAGGACCAGGACUUGUGCAGACGCCACGGUCUCCCCAGAUAUGGACCAUCAGUGACUCAUGCUGGAUGACCCCAUGCUCUGUCAUUUGACAAGGGCUCAGGAUAUUCGCUCUGUAGUCCAGAGUCAACUGUUCCCAUAACCCCUAGUCAUCGUUUGUGUGUAUGAGUUGGGGGAAUUAAGUUUCAAGAAAGGCAAGAGUUCAAGGUCAGUGACACCCCUGGCCUGACUCCCACGCAAGUAGCUGGCUGUACUGCCAAGGUACCUAGGUUGGAGUCCAGCCUAAUCAAGUCAAAUGGAGAAACAGGCCCAGAGAGGAAGGUGGCUUACCAAGGUCACAUACCAGAGUCUGGAGCUGAGCUAUCUGGGGUGGGGGCCAAGUCACAGGCUGGCCAGAAAACCCUGGUAAGUAAUGAGGGCUGAGUUUGCACAGUGGUCUGGAAUGGACUGGGUGCCACGGUGGACUCAGCUCUGAGGAGUACCCCCAGCCCAAGAGAUGAACAUCUGGGGACUAAUGUCAUAGACCCAUCUGGAGGCUCCCAUGGGCUAGGAGCCAGUGUGAGGCUGUAACUCAUACUAAAGGUUGUGUUGCCUGCUGAGCUGUGCCCUGUUGUGUGGUUGGGGGAUGAGGAUAUGGCAGGGAAGCUUUCACCAGCCACACAAGGGUCCUUUCUCCAACCCGUUCCCUUCUGCCACCUGCCUUCUCACUAGCUGUCUCAGGAGUAGUCUCCUAUCAGGGAUCCUCUCUCCAGGCCCCAGGUCAUCCCCCACUGUAAAGCCAGUUGGCUUCUGUGCCUGACUCUGUGCUGAGCACAGAGAAAAGUCAGGUGCAGUCCCAGUCCUUGAGAUUUCCCAGUUUAGGUGAUGGCCAGUCAUGUGCUGGUAAAUGUUAAGCCAUUUAACUGGAGCUCCGAUUUAACUGGGAACACCUUCUUUGUAGAACUGCCCAUUUCCAUGGUGCAAAAACUCUUAUGGCCAAAUUCAAACUAUAAACAUGAUGUCAACUUCCUUGGAAAAUUCCUGAAAAUUUAACAAUUGGUUCCUGCAAGCAGAUACAAGUCACUCUAGCACACCACUGGAUAAUGCCGAGUGGCUGGGGCUGUGAGCCAGGGGGUCAGGGAAGGGUUCCUGGAGUGGGAGACUCCUGAGCUGUAGCUUCUGAGAAAGGCAGCUCGCCAGAAGAACAUCCACACACAGGAUGCAUCCCAGGCAAAGACAUGGGGCAAGAGGGCAGGGUGUGCAGGAGCCAUAAGCAGGCUGGACAGCUGACUCCAGGCUCAAGGCAAGGUUGGGGCUGGGUCACAAGGAGGCCAAGUUAGGGCUCCCUCCUUGCCCUGACCCUGAGGCUUCCUUUGCACUGGGGAUAAAUAUGAAAGAGAUUCACUCCUCCUCCUGUCCAUCCUCUGCCUCCUGGGAAAAUCCCAGAAUGGCAGGGUGGUGCUCAGGCUGGGUCAGGACUUAGUAUGGGGGAGAUGGGUCUCACCUAUGAUAGGUUCUGGGUCUAGCCAGGACCACUCUGGGCUGAUGUGUGGCGCUCAGCUGGACAGGGCCCCGCCCUAGCCUUUGGAAAGGGACAGGGCAAAGCUGACAGGCCUCACUCUUGAUCUCAAGGACAAGGACUCACUCCUCUCCCUCUGGGAGAGCCCUCUCCCUGUGGCCCACUCUGCCUGCCCCCUCUGACCUCUCCACCCUUCCCACUCUGCCUUGUGAAAGGCAGGGCAUCCCCAAAGCUUGCUGUUAUUUGGAGCCUGACUCCACAGCGCCCUCAUGUGACAGAGACCCAUCAGAGACCAUGACCCAAAUGAUUACUCUGCACUGUGCCAGGUGGGUGACCUGCCCAGAAUAGUGUGAGCUAUUCACCUCUCACCUUCUAGGUUCUAUACUUCUGUUAAUGUAGCCAAUGUCCUUCUGAGUUUUUUUUUCUUUUUGAGACGAAGUCUUGUUCUGUCACCCAGGCUGGAAGUGCAGUGCCGCGGUCUUGGCUCACUGCAACUUUCUGCCUCCCGGGUUCAAGCGAUUCUCCUGCCUCAGUUUCCCAAGUAGCUGGGAUUACAGGUAGGCGCCACCACACCUGGCUAAUUUUUGUAUUUUUAAUAGAGACAGGGUUUCGCCAUGUUGGCCAGGCUGGUCUCAAACUCCUGACCUCAAGUGAUCCACCUGCCUCAGCCUCCCAAAGUGCUGGGACUACAAGUAUGAGCCACCGCACCCGGCCCCUCUUGAGCUUUCUUAGUGAUUGCCUGUUACAAACCACCCUUGAGCCUCUCCCGCAGGCCUGAGCCACUCCAUAAGGACACAGGAGGGGCUUGUUCACCAUCUAAUCCUGUGGCAGGUACAGGUGGGGGUGGAUACUGGAGACCCUGGGCGAACCAGGGACACCUCUGGAACCCAGUUGAACUGCCUGGCCCCUUGGUAUGCACAUCCCACCUUGCUGCUCAGUGCCCAGGCCACUCGCCUUGUGGGUGAAGUUCCUGCCCUGAUGCCUCAUGCUAUUUUUAGCCCAAGUAAGACCAUAAUUUUCCACUCCUGGCCCCAGACCAUUGUCCAGCAGUGACGUGGGGGGACCUGCCUGUCCUCAAAAUAUCUCCUAUUACCCUCCAGUACUCCCUGCCCCCUUCACACCUCUCUAACCUGACAUCACUUCCUGGGCUGUUGACUCAUGAAGGCCACUGUGAAAGGGCACGUGAGUUGCCCAUCCACUGAGCGGACCCCAGGGAUUAUCCAGCCCAGCUGCAGACUCAAGGCCAGAGAUGGGCAGGGCUGAGCCCAAGGUCAUUCAGCAGGUCAGCGUGGCGCCUGGAUGUAAGCAAGUGCCUUGGUGAUGAUCCUGCUGUCACUCACACUGCCCAGCUCUUCCUGCCCAGGGUGACAGGGAUGGAGCCAUAGAGCUGAGGCCAGGGACAGGGCAGGGAUGGGAGGAAGGGGAGGGUAGAGAGUUGAGUGUCAGGGAGUAAAUGUCUGCUGAUGUGCCUGCAGCAGCUGUUCUCAAUAAACUGCAUGACAUCAGGGCAGGGUCCCUGGCACACAAGGGUCUCUGCCCUGGGUAGCAGGUGUCCCAGGGCCCAGGAGGAUAGGGGAACCCCAGGGUACAUUCCCACUUUCACCCCCUGAGGUUAGAAGAGGCCCUAAGCAACAUGUUAUCCACACACAGUUGCUCCAGGUCAAGCCACCAAAGCUACCUCUCUGCCACCCUUGUCAUGGCACAUUUGGGCUGCUCUGUUUAGAAUCAGGCACAUGAGGGAGGGAAGUCGUGUAUUGACCCAUGUCCCACGCACCCUGUGGGACCCUCUCAUCUAUGUUAUAUGGUGGAUGCUUCACAGAAACCCUGGGAAGUAGACGUUAUGAUCCUAUUUAGCAGAUGAGGAAACAGGAGAAGGGCGUGAGAAGUGAGGGCUUGCUCCAGGUUAUCCAGGCCGUCAGGGUGAGUCAGAGUGAGUCCAGGUUCACCUGAUGGCCAGAAUCAUGCCCUUUCUAGUGCCCCACGAUGCUCACAGCCCUGCAGGGCAGAAGGGUCUAUAAGUGGCCCCUCGCAUGAUUCAAGAUGACAGAAGCAGUGUAGCAAGGAUGUGAGAACAUAGAUGCUCCACCCAGACCACCUCAGUGUCAAUAUUGUCCCCACUUUCCUGGUUGGGGUCUCUUGGGCAAGUUACCUAAUCUUGCAGCACCUCAGUUUUCCCAUUUCUAAAGUGAGCUACUACCUUCCACACAGGGCGUUGAGGGGCUUCCCUACAUUGUUAUGCACAAAGUCCUCCUCACAGUACCCGGUGUGUGGUCAGCAUUUAUAUGCCUGGCACCAGGCCGGGGGCUAUGGAGGCAAAUCAGCGGGGCCCUGCCCUCACGGAGUUGACAUCACUUAGUACGUAACCACAUUGGGAUACAUGUUUUGAAGGAGAGGACAGUGUGGCCAGUGAGCAACAGUGGGCCAUAUGUCUCCAGGGAACCCCCGUGGGGUGUGGGAGGAGGGAAGCAGGUCUGUCCUGGGGGAAUGUGUGGGACCACCUCUGCCCUGCCUGGCAGUAAGUGGAUUUCAGGACCAUAGGCCUGUGCUGUUUACAGAACCUUGUCCAGGUGCCCAGCUGUGGGAGGGCAGCAUGGAGAGGAGGAAGAGGGGCCCCCUAAUAGCAAGCUUCGGAAACUUGCCACUUCAGGCUAGAGAGCUCGCACCCUCCCACGGCAGCAGGGUAGCCAUUUCCUCCUGCCUGGGGUGUCCACCAUGGUGCUCUGCAGCCGCCUCUCACUUCAUUAAGAGUCCAGAGAUCUAGGAGCAGAGGACUGGUCUGGAGCUGGGCAAGGGCAGGCAGCAAAUGGGGAGUUUUUGCUGUGUGACCUGAGGCCACUUGCCUGCCUUCUCUGGACUGUACUCUAGGGCCUGGAGACCUGUUCCCCUGUUCCAAUUUCCCCACCUCAGUGAAGGCACAACCAACAGCUGCUCCCGAGGCAUUUCCAAGACCCUCCAGGCCCCCAGUUCUGAGGACUAGGGUGGAGGCAGUGUUUCUCCCCAGCAUCAAGUGACCAGAGAAGUGAAGUGACCCCACUGCUGCCACAUAGAGCCACACAGUGCGACGUCUGGAGCUCCUGCCUCCUGCAAGGUGGAGAGUGGGGCUUGGCCAGGAGUGACCAGACUACAGGGUGAGGGGUGUGCUUGUGGGGGUGAAGGGUUGGGGUGAGAACUGAGCCCGAGUCAAACUCAUCCUCCUCUGCCCUGAUGCACUGUGCAACUUGGGGGAGUCACUGCCCCUCUCUGGCCCUCGCUUUCCCCAUCUUCGAUAGGACUUGGCUCUGCCUGGCCACUCCUGCUCCAAUGGGGGAAUUCCUGGGCUUGCCUCUGUCUUGGCUCCAGCUCAGGUGUCAGUCUCAGCCCUGUCCCAGCCAGGAACAAUGGGCCAGGCAGGGCCAGUCACCCCCUGUCCCUGGGGGCUCCACCCACGGCCCUGGACUAUUUUCAGCCCUUGCAGAUGGAGUCAGAAGCGGAUUUUCCACUCCCAGUACAAUGACUGCCCUGGACCAUUGUCCAGCAGUGACACGGGGGACCCGCCUGCCCCAAAAUAUCUCCUGCCCCUAGUUUCCAAGCCUCUCUGCCCUGCUCCUCACCUCCUGGCCCUGCUCCUUACCUCCCCACCCUGAUGUCAUUUCCUGGGGCUGUUAACUCCUGAAGGCCAUUGUGAAACAUCACAUGAGACUCCUGGGAGACACAACCAGUUGGAAUGAGUUUUCCCUCCUGGCAGGGACUCCAGGGAUUGUUUGGCUGCUUAGUGGGACUGGUGGCCCAGAGAGGGCUGUGCCUUACCCAGUCACACAGCAGUCAGUGUGGAGCCUAGACGUAAGCCCAGGGCGCUUUGGCAGCUCCCACUGCCUCAGCCAACUUCAUUAGCUCCAGUCUGUGCCUCCUGGAACUGAGAGCUCACCACUGAGCUUCCCGGAAUGGGCACCUGGGGCAGCAGCCCAAGUGGUGUGGGUGGAGAGGUGCAGCUCAGGCCCUGACCUUGGAGUGAACCCCGUGCAGGGGCCUGACCUUAUACCCCUUCUCCCCACUGAGUCCCAUUUUUACCAAAUGUGGCUGUUAGGAACUGAAUGUUUGUGUCCCCCACCCCACAAAUCCAUAUGUCAAAAUCCCAACUGCCAAGGCGAUGGCAUUAGAAGGUGGGGCCUUUGGGAGGUAACCAGGUCCUAAGGGUGCAGCCCUCAUUAAUGGGUUUAGUGCCCUUACAGAAUGGACCCCAGAGAGCUCCUCACCCUCUUUCCCCCAUGUGAGGAUAUGAUGAGAAGUUGUCAGUCUGCAACCUGGAAGAGGUCCCUCACCAGAUCCCAACCAUGCUGGCACCCCGAUCUUAGACUUCCAGUCUUCAGAAUGGUGAGAAAUAAAUAUCUCUUGUUUCUAAUCCACCCAGUCGGUGGCAUUUUGUUAUAGCAGCCCACACUGACUGUGACUGAACUCAGGGUGACAGAGCAGCAGCUCUGGGGCAAAGGGGAGGGUGGGGGCCACAGGGCAGCUGAUGCAGGAGCAGGGUUCUGGCCCAGUUCAGCCAUCACCAAUUCUGGGACUGCAAAUUCAGUUUCUUCAUCUGGAAAAUUGAACUGGUAAUACCAAUACCUCUUUUCCUGGUUUACUAGACAGCAACAAUGCAGUGAGGCACAAACACGCAACUGUUUGAUUUUCCUCCCACCCAUGCUCCCUGCUCAGUGACGUGUGAUUUUCCUUUCCCAUCCAUAAACUGCGCAUUUGGCAAACUCCAAAUUUUUGAGUCACUUUUGGGUAACAAAGUCAGGUUUAAGAUUUCCAUCGCCUGCUUAAUUGAACGCUCACCUGUCCUCUUCCCCCAUGCUGUGAGGACCUUCCUCACUCCUCUUCUGGGUCCCUCUCUUCUCUAGGUGUUGGGGCAGGUUGGGGAGGAAAGGGACCAAUGUGUCUUUCCUGGUGAUGCUACAGCCCUCUCUUGCUGACCUUGCUUCCUGGGCCAUCAGUGCCCCCUGCACAGAACUCUCCAAACACCAGUCCACAUCUUUGUAAAAAUAGUCUCUCCGCUAAGCUAUCCCAAAAUGACCUGAUUAGAGUGUGCAACAUCUUUCCUGCUGGGACUCUGACUGACACCCUGGUCUCCCUGAGUGAUUUUCCUGCACAUCCUGCUGGGGGUGUGGAAGCCUGUCCCCCUCCCACCCCAUACCCCACACUUGGCUGAGAUCUCACAGCUGCAAAGAUGUCUUUGAAUCCAUGGAGCCCAGGUUCAGCGUGUAGAGUGAGGUGGGGUGUGUAGAGACCUGGGGUAAGGAACCUUGAGAAGGCGUCUUACCCCAUUUGUUUCCAGGUUUCUUUAGAAAGCGGGCUAUUUUACCCCAUGUGUCCUCAGAUUUAUGUCCUGGAACCAAAUUCCAAAUCAGCAGCCACAUGAAAAGUCCCCUCCUCUCUGGCGUGGAAUUAAACUGUUAGACCUGCCUUUGUGACCAAAGCAAUUGUAGAAUGUGGGGGAGGAAAUUAAAAGCCUGCCACCUUAGUCCA